AUGGGAAAUGGGAACGACUUUCGAAGCGACGUUUUAAAGCAGAUGACGGCAGCAGCUUGCGCUGGAAUGCUGGCAGACAGUCUGGUUUACCCGUUGAUGACUGUUAAAUCUCGACUGAUGGUUGGGGGAUCAUACAAAUACAAUGGCCCAUUUGACGCGUUGACUACUAUUGCCAGACAAGAGGGAUGGAGAACUCUUUACAAAGGAUAUGCUUCUGUUGUACAAGUUGCUCCAUCACAGGCUUUGUACAUGUCCACGUACCAAACUAUCAAGGCAAUCGUGCCAGGGGGUCAAGAAAAUCCUGUUGUGCACUUUUGUGGAGGCCUCUUUGCCACACUGGUGCAAUCGCUAGUAAGCGUCCCCCUUGAGGUUGUUCGGCAGCGACAAAUGGUUCAUACGGCUGGACAGCCAGCUUACAAGGGUUCUUUAGAUGCAGCGCGGACGAUAUAUGCACAGGAGGGAUUAGGAGCAUUGUACAGGGGUUUCCUGCUGGCCCAGAUGGUAUGGGGUCCUUACAACGCCAUCUAUUUACCACUAUGGGAGAGAACAAAGAUGCUUGCGGUCCGAUACACGGGAGUGGAGUCGAAGGAGCAACUCGGCAUGCACUGGGAGCUCUCCAGCUCCUUUCUUAGUGCGUCCGUUGCUAGUGCAUGCACAAAUCCAAUGGAUGUGGUAAAGACUAGGUUACAAGUGCAAGGCAAAAGCAAGCAGUACAAGGGCACGCUGGAUGCGGCUCAAAAGAUCUGGAAGAAAGAAGGAAUCAAAGGUUUUACAAGUGGCAUGAGCUCAAGGAUACUGUGGGUGGGAACCUCGUGUAUGGUCAUGUUCACAGCGUACGAUCAGUUUAUGAAGAGACUGUGA